AAGGACAUGAAAUAUCUUUAAUGGAAUUCUGCUUUUGAUCAAGCUCUUAAAAAUGGAUAUGAACAUUAUUUUCUCCUGUGAGUUUUUGAUAAAUGGACACUGACAUGGACUACGAAAGACCCAACGUUGAAACUAUCAAGUGUGUGGUGGUUGGAGAUAAUGCAGUGGGAAAGACUCGUCUAAUUUGUGCAAGAGCAUGCAAUACAACCUUGACUCAGUAUCAACUGCUGGCAACUCACGUACCAACUGUCUGGGCCAUUGAUCAGUACCGUGUCUGCCAAGAGGUAAGAACUGCAGGUAAAUCUACUUGUUCGAUUGAAGUGAGUGUUUCUCUCAGACUAUGGGAUACGUUUGGGGACCACCACAAAGACAGGCGCUUUGCUUAUGGAAGGUCUGAUGUAGUUGUUCUGUGCUUUUCAAUUGCUAAUCCUAAUUCCCUGAAUCAUGUGAAAACGAUGUGGUAUCAAGAAAUCAAGCACUUCUGUCCUCGCACCCCUGUCAUUCUGGUGGGCUGCCAACUAGAUCUCCGCUAUGCAGACCUUGAGGCUGUUAACAGAGCCAGACGGCCUUUGGCAAGGCCAAUAAAAAGAGGAGACAUUUUGCCACCAGAAAGAGGCAGAGAGGUUGCCAAGGAACUUGGGAUACCGUACUAUGAAACCAGUGUAUUUGACCAGUUUGGGAUUAAAGAUGUGUUUGACAAUGCAAUUAGAGCUGCCCUGAUCUCCAGAAGACACCUGCAGUUCUGGAAAUCUCAUUUGAAGAAGGUCCAAAAACCUUUGCUUCAGGCUCCAUUCCUACCUCCAAAAGCCCCUCCUCCAGUUAUCAAAAUUCCCGAGUGUCCCAUACCGAGCAUGAAUGAAGCUGGAUAUUUAUUGGACAGCCCACUGUGUGCAGAUGUUAUGUUUGUUCUCCAGGAGCAGGACUACAUUUUUGCUCACAAGAUUUACCUAGCUACCUCCUCUUCAAAGUUUUACGACCUUUUCUUAAUGGAAUGUGAGGAAAGUCCAGAUUUGGAUGAAACACAGUGUAAUAAAGAAAAUACAAGUAAAGAUGUUCAGACAAGUCACCUUGAGACAAAUGGUGACAGUGAUGAGACAUCCUUGAAAUCUGCUGAUGUUAAAAUUCCCCCACCAGAAAGUACUGACUUUUUAAACAUGUUAGAACCCGAACUUGGUGAAACAAAUUCUGCAGCAAGAUCUCUGUCAUCCUGGGGUAAGGGGUUUGUUAGUGUGCAUAAGGAAAUGCAAGUGAAUCCUGUCUCAAAUAGGACGUGUCCCGUAACUGUGGUAAAAAUGGAUUCGUCUGUGCAGGCUGGACCUUUUAAAACUGUUUUGCAGUUUUUAUACACAGGGCAACUGGAUGAAAAUGAAAAAGAUCUCACGAGACUGGCGCAGAUUGCUGAAAUCUUGGAAGUAUUUGAUUUGCGAAUGAUGGUGGAGAAUAUUAUGAAUAAAGAAGCCUUCAUGAAUCAAGAGAUUACUAAAGCAUUUCAUGUCAGGAAAGCUAAUCGGAUAAAAGAGUGCCUUUGCAAAGGGACAUUUUCUGAUGUGACAUUUAAAUUGGAUGAUGGAACCAUAAAUGCCCACAAGCCACUGCUGAUCUGUAGCUGUGAAUGGAUGUCUGCUAUGUUUGGAGGAUCAUUUAUUGAAAGCUCAAACAGUGAGGUAGUUCUUCCCAACAUAAACAAGACUUCUAUGCAAGCGGUUUUAGAUUACUUGUAUACCAAACAACUCUCCUCCAGUCAGGAACUGGACACACUUGAGUUAAUUGCAUUGGCAAAUAGGUUUUGCCUUCCUCACCUGGUCGCGCUAGCAGAACAGCAUGCAGUACAAGAGCUGACAAAAGCUUCCAUGAGCGGCAUUGCAAUAGAUGGAGAAGUACUGUCCUAUUUGGAACUGGCACAGUUUCACAAUGCUAACCAGCUGGCAGCUUGGUGCUUGCACUACAUCUGCACCAAUUACAACAGCGUUUGCUCCAAAUUCCGCAAGGAAAUCAAAGCUAAAUCUUCAGAUAAUCAAGAAUAUUUUGAGAGGCAUCGCUGGCCGCCUGUGUGGUAUUUAAAGGAAGAAGAUCACUACCAGCGAGUUAAAAAAGAAAGAGAAAAGGAAGAUGUUGCACUGAAUAAACAUCAUUCAAAGCGGAAGUGGUGCUUCUGGAAUUCCUCUGCUGUAGUUGCCUGAAACAAAGCAAAUAAGUGGAAAUCCAUAGCCAGUGUCAGAAAUUAGUCUUAUUGUCAGAAAUAAGAUGUAGUUCAGGUUUUCCGGAAACUUUGUUCCACAUGUGCAUUUAUUAUUGCUAGGGUCAAAAGCACAAGCUCACUGAAAGUGAGUCUGGAACAGCUCCUCAAAGUCAUAGGUAUAUUUUUGGCUAGCAAGCAGA